AUGAAGACUUCAGGCUUUGUUAGUACCGGUCUAGCGCUCAUUGCCGCAUAUGCCGUUUCUGUUUCGGCCGCGUUGCCUGAUCAGAUCGACGUGCAUGUUAAGAAUCUUGCCCCCGAAGACACGAUCUAUGACCGCACUCGGUCGCUGUUUUAUCAGUCCAACUUGUGGAAGGGUCUGAUUGAAGUCUGGGACAACAAACGCAAGACUCACUUCAAUGUUCGCAUCGAUGGUGUCUCGUCUAGUGGCGAUGGUGAUCAACAGAUGUCAGGUCUCUCUCUUCUGACCCACGACAACGCAAAGCGAUUGUUCGCUGUCGCUAAGAACUCUCACUCUUUUGACUUUGGAAACCAGAAGAAUGACGGUCCAAGCUCAUUCCAUUGCUUCAAGCUUCCCUUGUCUCAAGACAGCAAACCUGAGUGGUCUGUCGACCUUCGCGGUGUGCAGGAUGAAUUUGUGAGGCAAACCGGAACUCGUCCUUUCGGUGUUGUUCAGUCUGCUCAGGACCGUGAUGGUAACUCUUACAUUGCCUUCGCGCUAGGCAUGCCUGCCGUGGCCAAAAUUAGUCCCGACGGUAAGAAUGUAGAGGCCUGGGCCCACGAAAAGGGCAACGGUGGUCAGCGCCCUGGCUAUACAGGAAUCACUUUUGAUCCCCACUCUAACCGUAUUCUUGCCUUUGGAGGUCCUCGUCCUCUGACUGUUUUCAAUCUCAACAGUAGAAAGCCUAACACGCCUAAGGCCGUGAAUAUCAAUGGCCACUUCGGUAAACUCGAUGGUACGGAGAAAAUUGUCACGAUCCCCGUGGAUAACAAGAGUGUGCUGGUUGGUGCCCGUGCUCCUUAUGCCAUUUCAUUCAGCUCAGAUGAUGAUUGGAAGUCCGCUUCUAUCAAGAAGACAAAACGCGAAGAACUCAGGGACAGCGGCUUCACCGCUGUUACGGACUACUACAGCGGUAACGAACAGGGCAUCUACGGAGUCAGCGCGUUUUUCCAGAAUGGUGCACACGGAGGCCGUACGGAUUGGCCCAUGUACAGGCUCGAUUCUGACAUCCUUCAUUUCUAA